AAGGAGUGGAGGCGAACAUGGCUGAAGACAGCCGGGGUGGCCCAGCAUGUAGCUGGGUGGGCUCCAGCCUGAAUCCGGUACCCGACAGUGGUGACUCUAACCUUCCCGAGUACGAGGUUCCCGAGGUUAACACGCGCGCUUUCCAUGUGGGCGCCUUUGGAGAUCUGUGGCGUGGCCGGCUGCGUGGGGCCGGGGACUUAUCGCUAAAGGAGCCGGGAGCAGCGGAGCUGCCGGGGCGCUCAGGGAACGGUGACUCCGACCCCGGGGAUGCCGCCAUGGCCCGGGAUCUGGACUGCAGCCUGGAGAAGGCGGCCGAGCUGAGGGCAGUGUGCAGCCUCGAUAUGCUGAAAUGCUUUGCGGAAGGCGACGAUCCGGAAGUCAUCCCUGAGGACACUGACCUGGUGACUUUAAGGAACAGAAAGAGGUUCUUGGAGCAUCGGGAAGAAACUGUAACCAUAGAUCGUGCCUGCCGACAAGAAACAUUCGCCUAUGAGAUGGAAUCACAUGCAGUAGGAAAAAAGCCUGCAAAUCAAGAGAAUAUGAUUCAAGAAGGAGAACUUAUCCUGUCUGUGAAUGUCUUGUACCCGGUUAUAUUUCAUAAGCAUAAAGAACAUAAACCAUAUCAGACGAUCCUGGUGUUGGGCAGUCAAAAGCUCACAGAACUGAGGGAUUCGAUUUGCUGUGUCAGUGACCUCCAGAUUGGUGGGGAAUUCAGCAACUCUCCUGACCAAGCUCCUGAACACAUCAGCAAAGAUCUGUACAAAUCAGCCUUCUUUUACUUUGAAGGAACAUUUUACAAUGAUAGAAGAUACCCGGAAUGUAGAGAUUUGAGCAGAACCAUCAUUGAGUGGUCAGAGUCCCAUGAUCGAGGCUAUGGGAAGUUUCAGACAGCCAGAAUGGAAGAUUUCACCUUCAAUGACUUGUAUAUUAAGCUGGGGUUUCCUUACUUGUACUGUCACCAGGGAGACUGUGAGCAUGUUGUUGUCAUUACGGACAUAAGGCUUGUGCAUCAUGACGACUGCCUGGACAGGACACUUUAUCCCCUUCUCAUCAAGAAGCACUGGCUGUGGACCAGAAAAUGUUUUGUUUGUAAAAUGUACACAGCUAGAUGGGUGACAAACAAUGACAGUUUUGCACCACAGGAUCCAUGUUUCUUUUGCGAUGUCUGCUUCCGAAUGCUCCACUAUGAUUCAGAAGGCAACAAACUUGGGGAAUUCCUUGCUUAUCCUUAUGUUGAUCCUGGAACCUUUAAUUAAAUAGCUGCCCCUCUGAAGUACACCAGUCCUCUUGGGUUGGAUGGUUAUUCUGUUUUCAAAAUACAUCACUAAGGAACAGAUCCAUAUGGAAUAGUAGU